AUGGACACGCCAACAGCGCCGACGACAGGACAGGCGCAACAACAGCCCAGGGCGCGGCGACCGCAUCGGCCUCGCAAGGACUACACCAAUUUGGACACGGUAUUUGAGUCGCUCGACGACCUCAAAACCGCCCUACGCCAAUACAUGGACAAUGCCACCACCCCCGACGCCCUCCCGCAAUAUGUCUCGUGUGCCAUGACCCUAUCCACCCAUGCCGCUCUACCUCUCAAAUCUCUCACCGAAACCCAGCACUCUCGCCGUCGUCCCAGCUAUGCACCCUUCGAUGGCUUUGGCGAUGACCUAGACCUUGGUGGACAUGACGUCGGCUCUGUCGUCCACGAACAACAUGAACAAGAGCAGGAUCAGGAGCAAGACCAGCAGCUGCAACACAAGACAGUCCUAAAGUUGGUAAACAUCGACGACCUCAAGCAGCGACAGAUCUGGCAGCGCGCUGCCGCCAAGGGCAUCGUCCACCAGAUCCAGGACCUUGAUGGCUUCAAGUACUGCUUCAACAACAACUGGUCCAGCAAAGACGACAAUGGUUAUCGCUACUCGUACACCUGUCUCGACUCGUUGGAAAACAAAGACAGACACGCCAACGGAUUCCGUGCCACCAAUGCCGCAACCCGGCGUCCUGGUGCCAAUACUCGCGGCGUUCGCAAACCCACCUAUGACUGCAAGGGUCAGAUUGCUGUCAAAUUUUCCGCCAUGCGACAGUCUGUCGAAGUUGUCUACAAGCAUCACGCCAUCCACAAGACAGUUGCAGAAAGGCGUCCGCCUCCACGUAAGGAUUCAAAGCGGAAAUCAGUCACGCACCAGUCCGUCUCGGACACCACGCCCGAUGCAAGCUUGCUGUCCUUCGCAGACCAAGACACCCACGAAAACUCCUUCAUUCUCCACGACGUUGAUCCCUCGACCUUUCAGCCCUAUCCUGACCCAGUAGAGCUUCCCGUUGCAAAGAAGCCUCCUCGCAAGACCAAAGACAGCACAACUCAGCCACGCCCAAAGCGUCAGAAGAUACAGCCUGUUCAACCAGCGGAUCAAGCAGAACGUCCCUUGUCGCUGGUCGAGAUUCUUCAACAGUCAAUGGCUCCAACUGACACUUCUACUGUCAACCACGANGUCGCAUGCCAAUCUAUCACCGUCGCCGCCUCCACCCCUCCUCUCUGGCAGAACCCGUCUCCGGCUUCUGUUACCACGUCGUCCAGCGCUCUUCCUGGCAAUUAUCCUCUGCUUGCGAGUCGUCCGAACUUCAAUCCGGCUUACCAGCAACCGCAANNCCCCCCUGAUGUAGGUCGCUUCUCUAAGCUUGCAGUCCCAUGUUUCAAGUGCAAGGCUGCGCAUACUCAGGUACGUUCGAUAAACUUCUAUGUCUGA